AUGACCUCAGAUCUCUCAACUUUCAUAGGGGCUUAUCUAGUCCCCAUUACCAGCACAUCUCCUUUUUAUCAUAGUUGGAUAGUGAAUUUGGAGUCAAUUCAUCUUACUGAGCAUAGUCGGCUUUGUAUCAUCCGCAUACGUAGGCCAGUAGAGAAACUUCGCGGUCAUGGGUCUGUUGGUCUGGGUGUCGACAAUGCUCACUUUUGCGGGACUAAAGUGCUUGAUCUCAUCGUACGAACCAUCAUAGGUCCAUCUUACCAAUCCCCUAUGCCGCUUCACAAGCCUAAGAUUCACCUUUACCUACCUACCUUCAAUAACAAUACCUUCAAUAACAAUACCUUCAAUAACAAUACUAUCAAUAACAAUACUAUCAAUACCACUAACUUCAAUACCACUACCUUCAACACUGCUACCUUCAACACUACCAGCUUCAACACUACUACCUUCAAUACCAUAACAUUCUCGAUCUCGGUUUCGCAUAAUAUCUGUUUGGAGAGCAACAUCAUCUCCAGCAACGCAACAUCUUCCGUCCAACAAAUAUUUUGGUCUCUGGGGCUUUGUGGAGAAGAUUUGGAGGAUUGCAUCGCAUCAACCAGAGUACAUUGCAUCAAGUCGUCCAUCAGAAGGCCCCGAGACCUCACAAGCCAUUGUUACUGGACUUCUAUGAUGCCUGCCGCUAUCUCGAUGCCUCCUGCCUCGGCGGACCCGUUGCCAAACACUUUCAAGAUCGAGGGGUCAUCUGACGAUGUGAAGUCGGGGACCUUAAAACCAGUACAAGCAACAAGUCUCACCAAAAGUGAGGAUGACGAAAGCCCGCUGUUUUCGAUAUUCGAGAAUCUUCCUUUGGAGCUGCGCUCGAUCGUUUGGCUAUCCUCUUUCCUCCCGAGAACCAUCAAGCUCGCGACCACCUUUCGAAGCAAGACCUUCGUCCUUUCGAGUGACAUCGCCCAAGCUCGGAUAAACACCUCCUACACCGUUCCACCAUCACUCCACGUCCACAAGGAGUCGCGCGCGUUGGCGCUCAAGUUCUACACCAAAGCAUUCCUCAACCACCCCAAGUUGAAUCCGAUGUACGUCAACUACGACAGAGACAGCCUCCAGGUCGACGCACGCCUCCUCGAAUCUUCAUUCGUUGGCCAAGCUGGACAUGCCAUUCAGGUAAACACUCUGGAUAAUAUUCGCCAUCUGGUGCUCACUACCGGGUAUCUCACCAAUAAUGGUCUCGAGAAGCUUCUGGCUCGCUUCUUCCCCUCGCUCGAGACUCUCUGCUUGAGCUCAAGAACAUCCUGGGGAGGAGUUCGAGAUCAUAAGAGAGAGAAGUUGUUGAAGCAAUACUUCGACGCUGUUCGUCCUGGUAAGGUUGCCGGCGAGGUCUCUCGUGCAGCUAUCUACAUCGAAUUCAUGACCGAGGAUGAAAUGGCGAAGAAGGCGGCAGUUUAG